UUUUCAUACUCCUAGUGUAAAUGAAAAUAUCAACAUUUGUGCUGGAACUACACUUGUUCAUCCACUACAACCAUAGGUUGGUUAUGGAUACAAGAGUUAAGCAUAAGUCAAGAAAAGUGUACUGUAAGAACCAACUGGCUAUAUGGAAUUUACAAUAAAAAGUAUUGUCAAAUUUCAUUAUUGUAGAUGUCUAUCAGUAAAAUUUGUAACACACACCCACACUCACUUUGUUUUAGAGAGCCAAUGAUUGAACACUUACAGAUACACACACUGUUUUGUUUGCCCUCUACUGAAAUGUCAGUUCCUUAAGGGUAGGAAUUUUCUUUUAUUCCAGUACUUAGAACACCUGACAUGUAGCCAGGGUACAGUUAACACAUGUGACAUGAAUGAAUAGAGGAGCAUAGUUGGGAACCCCUGAUUUCAUGGAUAGACUGUCAGACCUUAGGUUUCCAGCUCUACCUUUAUCCAACUGUAUGACCUUGAGUAAAUUAUUUAGCCUCUUUGAACCUCGGCUUUUUUAUUUAAAAAGAGGGGAUAAUUCUCUUACCUCACAGGAAGGUGGUAACAAUAUACGCUUCUGCCUGUCACCUACCAGGUUUCUCUGCAGGUGAGCGUUUCUUCCUCACCCUCACCCCUGCCACACACACUCCUUGGAGACCCAGCCCUGUUGUCACACAUUUCAGUGAUGUCACAGCUCCCCUCCCUGGGAGAUGCAGCACGACCAUCCUAAUGCCCAGCCUGGGUACUGGCUGAACUGAGAGGGGCAGGGCUCAGGCAGUACCUGGUACCAGUUUUGCUCCAUCUGUCGUCUUUGAGGCAUCACAGCCCCAGUAUGAGUCCAUCAGCAAAGAAGAGGCCCCAGAAUAGUGUGGUUUUCAAGGUUGGACUAGGGACUGGAUCUAGAAGGGGCCUUACAAAGAGUCCAACCAUACCAGGGCAGGUGGAGGGAAAGGGAGCCCUGAGGGGUGAAGGGAGGUCAGGAGUUAGAAUGGUCUCCCUUGUUCUGCCCCCAAACAGAGGUGACACUUUCAGUCUGGGGUUAGUCAAAUCAUGCUGAGCCAAAUGGAGAGGUAUAAUGGAGGCAUUUAGGGGUGGGUUUUUUUCCGUGUUAGCGUCCCCCCCCCCCCCUCUCUCUCUCAGAUGCAAGAUGAGGAACCACAGGACAAGAUACAGCAGCCUAUCAGCAAAUUAACUGAGCGGAACCGACUUAGAAUGGUGUUAAAAAACUUGUCACUCUUGAGGCUACUCAAGAAUUCAAACCCUCGGAUCCAAGAACUAUAUAGCCUGGCCAGAAGGUAUUGGAAUUCACUGCUCAACGUUCGGAAGGCCCUCCAGAUCUCCUCCAGGAACAACACUGUCUGCACUAAAAUGGGCCAGAAUAAUGGACUCCAAGAAGCUAAGUGCUCCAAGAAGAAACUGGAGUCCAAGAACUUAGGGAAGCCUAAGAAGUUGAAGUCCAAGGUGAGGGUGCCAGAGAAGGAAAAGGUCGAGCAGUCACAUGCAGCAGUGCCAGAUGGAGAACAAGUGGAGCCUGAGGUCCCAAAGACAUCGAUCACUUGCCCUGGAGCCUGGGGGAGGCAACUACCCACUGGAGACCCUGGAGUCAUCUUCCUGAAGCCCCACCGAGGGGAUACGGAGCAGCUGCAAGUAGCUGACCAGUGGAACUGGUUUGAGGGGCUGCCCAGGCGAAUCCACCUCCCAGGACCCCGGGUGAUGUGCAGGCCAUCCACCAUGCGCUUGGUCAAGCGCUGCUGCACCCGCUUCUGCUCUGCAUCACUUGGGCUGCCGAAAUGCCAUCCAUACAGGGUGUGAUGACGUCACUGCCAGGCCAGGGUGAGAUGUAGGCCUCAAGCCAGGCCCAGAGCUGGGCCCCUGAAUACAGUCUUGGGGGCUGUUGCUGGCAGUGCUGGGAGGCCCCACCUUUAUGACUAGAAAGGGAAGCUCAGAGAGGGGCAAACCAUUGAUCAAGACCACACACCAGCCUAGUGGCUAGGCUGGAGCCUCUCAGGAUCCAACUAGGGCCCUAGGGAAGGAGAGGCCUCAAGAGGGGCCAAACUGCUAUGACUCGGAAUCUCACAGAAGUCUGAGUAAGCAGUUUAGGAAUUCCUAAAUGUGGGGGAAGGUGAUGUGGUCAAGUAGGGCUCUGCCACACUCAGACCAAGUGAACUCUCCAUUUGUUUUAUUUAUUCAUGUUUCAAAAAAGAUGUACUCUGAAAAAGUUCCUUAGCACGAAAAAGAAUACUCCAGCCCCUCCAAGAGAGAAUCAGGUCCCAAGAAAGGAAGGGGGUGAAGGGCUUGGGAGUCCAGUGGAAAGGGAAGCUUCCCCUUCACAAAACCCACAUCUCCAACCUGCCAGACAUUUCAGUGUCCAGUCCCUAAGUCAGCGGUUCUCAACCUGGGGGUCGAACGACCCUUUUACAGGGGUCGCCUAAGACCAUCGGAAAACACAUAAUUACAUAUUGUUUGUGUGAUUAAUCACUAUGCUUUAAUUAUGUUCAAUUUGUAACAAUGAAAUUGGAGGUCACCACAACAUGAGGAACUGUAUUAAAGGGUCGCGGCAUUAGGAAGGUUGAGAACCACUGCGCCUAAGCCCUCUCCUUGGACAGCAGCGCCUCCUAGAGGCCUUCUUCGCUCCUAACACCGACAUCUCGCUCACAGGUAGCGUAGACCUCGGAUGGGAGCCAGAUUGUGAGCAGAGGAUGGAAAUCAUACAAUCAUCUGAAUGGGAGGGUUGGACGGGAAAAUUUGAGAGUAUACAAAUAAAAUUUCCCAUAUGGCACUGAAGAAUACUUCGCUGGCUCUGCCUAUU